AUGCACAGCUUUGGGCUUCUGGAUACGCUGUCUUUCAAGCCGCUGCAUAGGGUCGCGGAUGUUGAGCCUCUAGGACAAAAAACCGAACUUCGGGAAUCCCGUGCAGGCUAUACAGAAGUGGACAAGCUCCAGCCCGAAGGCGUGAAAGGUCGACCGAAGCCUCCAUCACAGUUGCUGGAGGGUGCAGGUUCGGAGGACGAGGCUUCUUCAGCGGAAGAGUCCUCCGGAUCAGAGCAGGUGGCCACCGGCACUUCGGAGAGGCCGCCCGUCCAUGGCCCCCGGAACGCACCGAAAUCCAAGCGGCGACGACUGGCGCUGGGAGGUGGCAGCACUGCGCCAUCGAGCGGAGGCGAUGUGGUCGUGGACUUCUUCUGA